GAUUUAAACGCUUGAUCGCGGCUGGUCUCACAGUCCGAUAAAUAAAGAAACGUGCUAAUGUUUUAAAGUUUUUCCUCAAAGAAUAUAAUUUGCAAAUAUGGAGAUGAUGCAAGGAGCAUCACUGCUCUCGCGCCCAGCCGAUGAAUUUGGUAAUGAUUCCUUAGUGGAGGAAAUGUGGGCUGCGAAAGCUCUGGAACAUGCAGAGGUUCACUUUAAUCUGCUGACCAGCGUCCACCCCUCAGAACUGAGACUCACGCCAUACGACGACCAGAUAUAUGCUACCUUCCGUCAGGACUUUCCGGACCUUCAGGUGGGCCACCUGACCGAUGAAAACCUUAAAUCCGACGUGGAGAAGCAAAAGUGGCGGCAGUUUGCGGAGAAGUUUAAUAAAAUGGACGACUACUCGUAUGGCACUCUGAUGCGUGCGGAUGCUACUAAGGAAUUCUCGCCGGAUAACUCAAUCUUCGUGUUCCGCGUUCAGUUUCUAGCAAUUGAGAUUGCCAGAAAUCGUGAGGGUCUCAACGAUGCGGUUCACAAGCAGCACAAGCCCCCAAGAAAGAUACCGGAUGAGUCAGAAGCUCAAUAACGUCUAUUUAGGGUUGCUUUUAAGUUGUAAAGACUAAAUGCCUGUUUAGAUGGCACUCAUCUCUAAGCUAUGAUUAUCAAUGAACAUAUAUUUUUCUAAAAAGUAUCGAAAUAAAAAAAAUUUUAAAUUA